UUCGCGACAUGGAGCCAUUGGCAGUAAUUCUAAUCGCGACAUUCAUUACCGCGGCAGCCUCCAGCGGUACCUAUAUGGUUUACCCUCCGAAGUACGAAAUCUCGGGAGAGCAGCUCAGGGUGCUUACCGAAUGUCUGGCACCGACCUACGACGAGACGAAUCCCGCCAGCCGAUACGAUCCUAUCUGUGCAACCGACGGAUUCAGUUAUUACAACAAAUACAUAAUGAAGUGUCUUUCGAUCCUCGUGGACACGGUUCAGUUCUCCUUCUACGGCCGCUGUCCUACGGAGCCCACCUUUCUGCCGAUGGAAUCAAUCCGCGACUGGUGGGUCGUGCCAGAGAAAACCACAAAGGCGGUGCACGGCUGCAUGAGGCACUGCGAGGACAAAUUUGAACCGGUUUGUGGUUCCAACAAUCACACCUACAGCAGCCGUUGUAUAUUCGAGUGCGUGACCAAGAGUAUGCCCCAUAUCACGAAAGCGUACGACGGAUUCUGCAAGCAGGAUUUGACGGCCGAGGAGGGCAUGUGUCCCCCGGUUUUGCAACCAUUCUGUGGCUCGGAUGGUAUUACGUAUUUGAACUUUUGCCACUUUGAGUAUGCGGUGACGAAUCUGGCGGGACUGAAACCGGCCCAUAUCGGUGACUGCGUGCGACGGCUGGAAGCGGUUAUCAAAGAGGCCGCCCCCGAGUCCGGCGGUGGAUGUGGCUGCGCGUGUGGGGGUUGCGGAUAAUCUGUUUACAGCAGUUGAACUUGCAUCGGUUGUUUUUUUUUUAAUACUGAAUUUAUUUCCAAAUGAUCCGGCAACGUAAAGCAAUAAUGUGCCUUGUUUUAGAAAAAUGAAAAGCCUCUGUGAGCAGAUCAAUACAAAUGUUCUUUAUAAAAUAAAAGCACAAAUACAAUACAAUAUAGAUAAAGACAAAAUUCACAAUAAAAUUCUGAGAAAAAAAGUUAGAAGUUAACGGUCAUAACUACAAAUUUGAAUAAUUUAUAAAAUUAAAUCAGAAAGACGGGUGGGUAAUGUCGGGGACAUAACCGGAGAAACGUAGGACUACACCAAGGGGUGUUCAUUAUUCGAAUAUCAUGGAGCACAGAUCCAAGAAUGAGCAGCUUAUCAUGUACAAAAUUACAGAAAAAAAUCAAAGGAUAAAAUAAAACCUCAGCACUCAGUAAA